AUGACUUUACCAGAUUUAUCCGUCUUGAAAAAGCUAGCGGAAGCUCGUCUCAUCUCCUUGCUCGAAACGGAAUCCGGAGAUAAAGAUGUCAUCAUAGAUAGUAGAAUUAUCCGCUUAUUUGAUUUCGUAGCGAAUUUCCAAACGUUAAAGCGCCAUGGUGUUAACAAAGUCUACCGGCUAGAACCAUCCAUGAUUAAUAUCGUCACGGAAAACCUUAUAUACGUUACUCGUCCAAACAUUACAAACCUCAAGAUGAUCUCAGAAAGAAUCAGCUGCGACAAGAGAAAUGGCACUAGGAAAUCAUAUAAAAUCAUUUUUACUCCAUGCAAGUUCUAUGCUUGUGAAGUUUACCUAGAACAGGAAGGAAUUUAUGGAGAUGUUACAAUUGAAGUAUUAGACUUGGAAUUAAUACCUAUGGAUAAAGAUUUAUUGUCAUUCGAAGUACCAGCUAUAUUCCCAAGCUACUUUGCUCAUCGUGACCGAUCCUGGAUUAAAAGUAUAGCCCAAUCUUUGGUUAGCUCGCAAUCGUUGUUUGGAGAAUUUAAUCGAGUUUACACAAUCGGAGACUAUUCCAAGAAAAUAUGGAACUUAGCUGAAGUCCUAGCCAAAAACGUAGAUUCAGAUCCUAACGUAAUGGCAGAUGUAUCUGCUACGAAACUUGAUACUCUUAUUAUGAUAGAUCGAGGCAAGUACAGAAUAGACAUUUUUGCUAACAUUAGGGAUAGUCAUAUUACUACAGUCUUCGGAAUUAUCCGAGAGCGAGCGAAAGAAAUUCAAUCAGGAUACGAUAAACGCCAUGAUUACAAAAGUGUAAGUGGAUUAAAAGAUUUCGUACGAAACGAAUUUAAGGAUUUGCAAAGUCAACAUAAAUCUUUAACUGGACAUAUGCUAGCUGGAACGAAUGAAAAAGAGUGCCUUGAUUUUAUUGAAACUUGUAUCAUAGAUAAGGAUAUUACCUCCGCUUUAAGACUUAUGUGCCUCUAUUCCGUCACUCAUGAUGGUCUACCAUCAGCUCAAUAUCAUUCACUAUGGCUACAGUUUUUACAGAAAGUUAAAUGUAGUAUCUCCGUCAGCGAAGCGACAAGAUGUCAACUGAGUCACGGUUACGACAAGCUAGUUUCUACCCAGUAUGUAUUAAAAAAAUCUGGCUUAUUUACGGAACAAACAACCAUUCCUAAAACACCGACGGAAGUUGAUUUAUCUAAGCCCAAAAGCAUGGCAUACAUUCACGGCGGUCAAUAUGCCCCGAUGAGUUGUAAAUUAAUUGAGCAUGUGCUCACAUUCCCAAAUUCAUUCAGAGAUGAUGAUGAUAUUGGCAAAAUUCUAAAUUGUGACUGUUCUUGCAUUAUCAACGCAUCUACCAUCAGCGCAAAUCGACAAACUCCCAUUGUUAUGGUAUAUUUCAUUGGGGGUUGUACAUACUCCGAAAUAGCUGCUCUACGUUUUCUCGGAAAACAGCUUAAUACUGAAUUUUUGAUCGCCACAACAUCAGUCACUAACAGUGAAAGACACCGUGAAAUAGUUAAAGACAUGCCUUGCACCCUCUGUGCGUAUGACAGAAUACAGUAG